UCGCAAGAUUACACGAAAAUAAAGCCCUUGGUCGGCUGACGUCAUUUGUUUGAAAUAAUGCGUCUGGCAGAUGUAUUAAAGACAGCAAAUUGGAUAAAAAGAACAAAGAACUAUAUGAUCAUCUAACCGCGGGUGUCAGACUUUUAAAACGAAAGGACAGCGUGUUCUAGUAGACAAACUGCCUCUUGGUGCGUUCGGGUUAAAAGAUGAGUUUUCUGUCUCAGGAGUUUCCGGAGAAAACUCGACCGGCGAGCUUCAAUCGGCCCGCGUUCCAGUGUCCAGACAUGAGUCCUUCUCCCUCUGUGCCCGCCUCAGUGGAAUUUGUGAAGGCCGCAGACAUCAAAGUCAUCGCUGCUUUGGGGGAUUCACUGACGACGGCGAUUGGCGCCAACGCCACCACCGUCCUCGGGAUCCCCAUCGAGUUCCGUCACGUGUCGUGGAGCAUCGGAGGCUACGGCUCAUUUCAGCACGUCAUUACUUUGGCGAACAUCCUCAAGCUCUUCAAUCCCAAUCUGCUCGGUGCCGCUCCCGGCAAGACUGUGCACGGCAUGCAGGCCCACAUCAGCGAAACGGGCUUCAACCUGGCAGUGACCGGACACAACACCUUCAACCUGCCGGGCCAGACGAGGCAUUUGAUCGACACGCUGAGAGGUUAUGAGGGUCUAAACUUUGAGAAAGACUGGAAGCUUCUGACCAUUCUCAUGGGCAUGAACGACAUCUGCGAUUACUGCAAGGAUAAGGCUCUGUUUUCGGUGGAUAACUUCAUUCACUACAUCACCGUCUCCUUGGAAAUGCUCAUGAACGAGGUCCCUCGCAUGAUCGUCAAUGUGGUUCAGAUACUUCCCAUGGAGACUCUGAGGGAGGUGCAGAAGCCCACCCCGGGGUGCCUCCUCCAAAGGUCUUUCUGCUCGUGCCUGAUCGAGCCCGACGCCAGGUCUCCAGAGCUCCGAGAGCUGGUGGAAGUCAAUCGGGAGUUCCAGAGAAGACUGGAGCUGCUGCUGCUGCACAGCGACCGCUUCUCCAGGGACGACUUCGCCGUCGUCCUUCAGCCCUUCCUGAAGCACGCCGACCCUCCCCGCCUCCCGAGCGGGAAGAUCGACAUGACCUUCUUCACUCACGACUGUUUCCACUUCACCAUCAAGGGGCACGAGGAGCUGGCCAAGGGCCUGUGGAACAACAUGUUUCAGCCCGAGGGGGGCAAGAUGACCGUGAGCAGCUUCUCUGACCCCAUCCGUCUCAUCUGCCCGCCAAAGGAACACCCGUACGUCUUCACCCGGCCGAGCGCCGUCCUGUCCGCUCAGCCGCCGUCGCAGGCCGCCGUCUCCGUGCCGCCGCUGCUGCUGCUGCUGCCGCCUCUUGCUUUCGUGGCUCUCUGUUGAGGGCGAAGCGGUGGGUCGUUCCUUCAGAGGCACGGGGAAACCCAAGCGGAACCACCGAGUGACGGUUUUGUGACAUUUACA